GCGACCUUUCCUUUUCUCCCAGGCCGGCGCUGGACGUCCGCGACGUUCGCCCCGCGGCUCGGUGCGGACAGCUUCGGCGCGGAAGCCGAGCUUCUCUAAAUGAACUGCUCAGAGGUAGAGACCCUGACUGACUGGUGGCUGGCAGCAGAAGCCAGGUCAACUGACUAUCCAUAUGGGAAAACAGCGGCGACGACCUCACAGUAUUAACGGCAGGAGAACAAGAAACCCCGGACACUGAAAGACAGGACUCUUUUGCAAGUUCUGCCUCUUCGGGCCUCGACAUCACUAGAAAGCAGAAGCAAAAUGAACAUGUGCAAGGAAUCCGUGACAUUCAAGGAUGUGGCUGUGGUCUUCACCGAGGAGGAGCUGGGGCUGCUGGACCUUGCCCAGAGGAAGCUGUACCAGGAUGUGAUGCUGGAGAACUUCAGGAACCUGGUCUCUGUGGGAGACCAAAUCCAAAGUGAGAAGAAGACUGCUCCUGAAGCAGGGCUGCAGGAAGAGCUUUCCUACUGGCGAAACUUAACAAAGUCCCAAGGCCCCAGGAGAAGUAAUUCUCAGCUCCUCAAUCAGGAUGAUUCGGCCAGCCAAUUGGGGGCAGGACUAUCGAUGAUCCACAUGUCAGAGAAGCCUUAUCAGUGUCAUAAGCAUCCAGAAUCCUUUGGCGAUGUCUCCAGCUUUGACCUUCAUCAGCAAUUACACUCGGGAGAGAAGACCCCCACGCGUAGUGAGUGUGGGAAAGGCUUCCAUCACGGCGCCGUUGUUCAUGUGCCUCAGGAAGCUCGCACAGGGGAGAGAUGCUGCAAGUGCAGCAACUGUGAUAAGGAAUGCAGUCUGAGCUCACAUCUACAAACUCACCCCAAAGCUCACACUGUAGACAACCCACACCAAUAUGAGGCGUAUGAGAAAGGCUUCCGUCCUAGAUUUGGACUAAAUGUUCAUUGCAACGUCCACCCCGGACAGAAACCUUACCGUUGUGAGGAAUGUGGGAGAGCCUUCAUUUAUGCUUCCCAUCUUCGGGAACACCAGAGAAUCCACACUGGAGAGAAGCCUUUCAAGUGCGACAAAUGCGGCGAGAACUUUCGUCGUAGAUCAACGCUGAAUAUCCACUCCAUGCUCCACACGGGGGAAAAACCGCACAAGUGCGCCGUGUGUGGGAAGGACUUCCGUCAGUCCGCUGGGCUUCGGACCCAUCAGAGGAUCCACAGCGGUGAGAAACCCUUCGUAUGUGAAGUGUGCGGGAAAAACUUCAUUCAGCGCUCACACCUCCGGUCCCACCUGGGCGUGCACACAGCAGAGAAGCCGUACAAAUGCGUCCUGUGUGGGAAGAGCUUUAUGAUGAAAUACAAUUAUGAAUUUCAUCUGGUCGUCCACACCGGAGACAAACCCUAUAAAUGUGAAGUGUGUGGGAGGCGCUUUAGCCGUCGAGGAGACUAUAAUAUCCACUGUAGAAUCCACACGGGCGAGAAACCUUAUACUUGUGAGGCGUGUGGGAAGGACUUCAGCCGAAGAUCGGCACUGAAAGUGCAUUGCCGGGUGCACACAGGAGAGAAACCAUACAACUGUGAGGAGUGCGGGAAGUGCUUCAUCCGUCGGUCAGAACUGAACGUGCACUCCAAAGUCCACAGAGGGGAGAAACCUUAUCAUUGUGGCGCAUGUGGCAGGGCCUUCAUUCAGGCCGCCCGCUUCCGGGAGCAUCAGCGCAUCCACACUGGGGAGAAGCCGUUCAAAUGCGAGACGUGCGGGAAACACUUCCAUUUAAAAUCCACACUUUAUAACCACAGCAAAAUCCACACCGGAGAACAGCCGUACAAGUGCGAGGAGUGUGGGAAGGGCUUCAACUUUCCCUCCAAGCUGUAUGUCCAUAAGAGCGUCCACACUGGAGAGAAACCCUACAGUUGUGUGGAGUGUGGGAAGCGCUUUAGUCGGGGUUCGUAUCUUCGGAAACACCAGAGAGUCCACAGUGGGGAAAAGCCACUCAAAUGCCAGCAUGGAAAGACCUUUGGCCAGAGUUCCCCCAUCCAGUCCCACCAGAGGGUUCCCAAUGGGGAAAGGCUGUGCAGAUAUGAAGGGUUUGGGGGGGCGUUUCAACUGAAUCUUGAAUCUUGAUCACCAAGAGGGUCCACAGAGAGGAGGGGUCAAUGAUUGUGCCUCAGGUCAUCCACUCAGUCAUAGUGCCCACAGGGGAGAGAGCCAGUAAGAUGUUCAGUUAAAACGUCAUCAUUUUUCCGCAUCCAGACUGGAGAGACACCUUACAAACGGGAGGCAUAGGCUUAGCACUUCCCAUUGAGCUCAUGUUUUUCCAAGUCAUCAGAGACCACAUCUAGAAGGAAAAUCAUGGCCGGCACGUUGGCUCCCUCCCAUGGCAGCCCCACGCAUUACAGAGGAGAAUUGUGCAGUAGGGUCUAUGUGGCUGUAAGGGACCCCGAGGGCUCAGUGCUUAAGCCAUGGGCUGCUAAUGGCUUAAACCCACCAGCUGUGAAAUAGGGGGAAAGACUUGGCAGUCUGGUCCCAUAAAGGUUACAGCCUAGACUUCCCUGUGGGGAAGCGCUCCCCUGCCCUAUAGGGUUGCCAUGAGUCAGGAGAGACGCAGCAGCACACAGGGGUAUCCACAGAAGCAGCUAGCAGGCCUCUUGCGCAGCACCAAUAGAUGGGUUUGAACUUCCUGCUUGCGGUCUAAAAGUUGAGUUCAAACAACUUGUGCCAUUCGGAGGCCUGCAAAGAAUUUGCGGUGGUGAUAAUUUUUGUAUCACUGAGGCAUGCCAGAAACGGCCAGGGAUAGUCAAGAGUCAAGAAAUUCUGUGGAAUGGUUGCUUAAAAACAUUUAGUCGACCUGAGCUAUUGUUAUCAUGAGGUCUCCUGGGUGUGAAAACAUUUGUUUCAUGAAAGUCAAGUGUUUCAGCCAUAGCUCAACACAUCCCAGUGGUCUAGACCCCCACACCAGAGCAGAGCCUUUGUAAAUGGUGCAGCAGAGGCUUAUCACCGAAUCUUGACAGCUCUCCCAUACAGGUAUCGGGCAACUUACCACAUCCUCUAGUGACGCCGAGCCACACUUUGAUGUUUAUGAUUUGGGUAUAGCUUAACAUUAGUAAUCGGUCCUUCAUACAAUGCCGCAGCACACAGUUUCCUGAUGUUAUUUGUCCAUGUUCAAAGACUGGAUCUGUAUGAUAAAAACAGGCAAUAAUAAAAAGAGGUGGUUUGGUUUA